GCGCUGCCCGGCGCCGCCGCCAGUACGAAGGCUGCUCGCCCCAUGGCGGUCCGCAGUAGCGCCAUGGCGGCCGGGCGGGUCUACGACAUCGUGGUGUUCGGCGCGUCGGGCUUCACCGGCCAGUUCGUGGUGGAGGAGGUGGCGCGGGCGGCGGCGGCGACGGCCGCCGGCGAGGGGCAGCUGUGCAGCGGCCGCCUGCGCUGGGCCGUGGCCGGGCGGAGCCGCGAGAAGCUGCAGGCGGUGCUGGAUCGGGCGGCCGAGCGGCUGGGGAAGGCGGCGCCCGGGGAGGAGGUCGGCGUGCUGCUCUGCGAUGUGGGCGACGCGGGCUCGCUGGCCGCCAUGGCGAAGCAGACCCGAGUGGUGCUCAACUGCGUGGGCCCGUAUAGAUUCUUUGGAGAACCUGUGGUCGAAGCUUGUGUUGAAAAUGGUGCAAGCUGCAUUGACAUUAGUGGAGAACCCCAGUUUCUGGAAGGAAUGUACCUGAAAUACAAUGAGAGAGCUGCAGAAAAGGGAGUAUAUGUCAUUGGAAGCUGUGGCUUUGACUCCAUACCAGCGGAUAUGGGAGUACUGUACACCAGAGAUAAGCUGAAAGGUACCUUAACUGCUGUUGAGAGUUUCCUGUCGGUGAAAUCUGGGCCUGAGGGUCUUGGUGUACAUGAUGGGACCUGGAAAUCAGCUGUCUAUGGCCUUGCAGAUGAAGCCAGCCUGAAGAAGCUUCGAAAACAGAUAGGAUAUGCCCCUGUUCCAGUAGUUGGUGCAAAGCUUAAAAAAAGAGGAUUUAUGUUUUACAGUCCGGAAUUCAAGGAGUACUGCCUUACAUUCAUGGGAUCUGAUGGCUCUGUUGUGAAACGGACUCAGCGCUAUUUGCACACCGAGUUGCAGCAAACGCCUGUCCAGUAUGGUGCUUAUGUGACUGUAGGUGGUCUUGGCUCUGUUAUCAAGCUGAUGUUUCUGGGCAUGUUAUUUCUUCUUCUGGUGAAGUUUAACUUUGGAAGAAAACUUCUGACAAAAUACCCAGAAUUUUUCUCUGCUGGAUGCUUCACAAAGAAAGGACCAACCCAGAAGCAGAUGGAUGGAACCUCUUUUACAAUGACUUUUUUUGGUGAGGGUUACAGUGAGGGACAAGAUCCCCAGAAUGGCAAACCAAAUGUGAAGAUCUGCACUGAAGUGAAAGGACCAGAGCCUGGAUAUGUUGCUACACCAAUUGCAAUGGUUCAAGCAGCUCUAUCUCUUCUGGAAGAUGCAGCUUCUCUGCCUAAACGGGGUGGUGUAUAUUCUCCAGGAGCUGUCUUCUCGAAAACAAAACUGAUUGAUCGCCUCAACAAGCGUGGUGUUGAGUUCUCUGUUAUUAGCAAGCCUGAAGUCUGAAGUCAGAACAUAACUGUACGAACUAACCCCUUUCCUGGGUCUAACUCUAAUAAAACCCAUUUGGCUGCAAAAGCCUAAUCAUAAAACAGUUUCACUAUGCUAUUGUUUGCAGCAGACACAGAAGAAAGUUCGAGUUAAAAGCUAUAAUAGUAUUUGCUAUAGUGAGCAAACCCCUGAAGGGUCGGUAUUAAUUCACAGACAUAUUAAAUUGGUAACUUCUUGGGUACUAAUUCUGGAAUCUUAAUCUUAUUAUCUAAGUUCAAGUUCCUACUUCAUGGACCCACUGUACUAUCUGCUUCACAAGUAAGCAUAGCUGCCUUGCUUUGCCCCAUUCUGCAACUAUGUAAAGCAGGCAGCCUGGAAACAGAAGUGCCUUAGCAGAUAAGCUACUAGUUAUUCCUAAUGUGUGUUUGGUAUAUGUCUUUAUUACAUCUUCAAUUAAUCUUUCCUUUAUUUAAUAAUUGUUCUUAGUGCAGAUCUAUGUGUAGUUUCUGUAGUUAGGUAAGUAGUCAUGAACUGUAUUGUGCUUUUGCUUCUGUGAAGAAGGAGGCUUGUUCUGUUGACUGUUUUUGGAAUCUGACCUGAUGUGAUCCAGCUUCUGGGUGCACUGGCCUGUUUCACACUACUUGAUACUGUGGUUGAUAAGCCUGCUUUUUGUUGUUAGCCUAAGAAUUAUGAGAGUGUCUUGUCCUACUGUCUGGGUUUGUAUUUGUGGGCAAUGGAAACUUUGAGUCACGGGAAUAUUUGAAAAGUAACCUUCAUGAUUUUCAGGAGUGUGAAUACAUUAAAUUCUGUUUCCGUGUAAA